AUGGCAAGAUUAAUUGGUAAUGCCAACAUUAAACUCAGAAAUCCUCUUCUGAAAUUAUGUUAACCAUCUACUUCACUAUCCAAACUGAUUGCACUCAAAUUGAUAUUCAUUGAUGACGUUUCAAAUCAUUACACAAUCAACUGCAAGAAAGUGAAUUGCUUUUACACCCAAGGGAAAUAAAUUAAGAUUGAAAAAUUGAUAGAAAAAGAGUUAAAUCAAUAUACAGAUUCCAAUCAACUUAAAAACCCUAAAUUUUAUUUUUAUGAUUUAAAUGGUAAUUAGAUAACAAUGUAUGACCCAUCCAUCGAGACAUAUCUGGUCAGUACAAAAGAUAACAACCAUUGGUUAUAUGAUAAGAAAUAUGAAAAACUUUUGUUCUAAAUCAUUUAGAUGGAUACAAGCAUAAUAAGCAACAAUAACCUCUCUGAUGAUAAAUCGAGAAAACCUUCAUUAAUGAAUUCAAAUUAGCAUAUUAUCCACACUACUCUAUAUGAUCAUUUAAUACCUUAGAGUAGUUUCAGAUCUCGUAUACUUUAAAAGGGAAUUUAACACCUGGAAAAUGUCUAUGAUAAUUUCAAAAUGACCAGUCGGUAAAACUCUGAUCCCUUCAUUAUUACCAAUUGUAAAUUCAAAACCACCCAUUAAUCAUUCAGCUCAUAAAACAGACCAUCAAAUAUAUCUUAUGUAAAAACUAAUACUCCUAAUUCAACUCCAAGACAUUAUUUAACUGAUCAAGAAUAAUAUUUCAUAAAUAACAUGCAAAAAUGCUAGGAUGAUCUAGACAAUUUCAUUAAUUAACUCAAAUCCAAUUUGUCUAAAGAAAAUGAAGAGGUUGAAAAGAUCAUUCGAUUUUAUGAAAAUGUCUUAUAUCCAACCCCAAAAAGCAGAGCUCUUGAAAUGAAAUAAAUAUCGACCUCUAGUUUGAUAAGCACUAAAUUAACCAAGAUAUUAGGAAAGCAAUUCCCAGCUGACACUAAAGCACCAAAAGCUUACGUUCCAUAAGAAAAGAAAAUGUUACAUAAAAUACCACCUUUGUUACAUCUAAACAUACCUUCUUUAUAGGCCAAGUACAGACUAAACAGAAGUUAAUUGUAUGCCUUCUUCUCACUCUAUAAAGUAUUGCAUCUCAUCUCAGGAUAUAUGAAAAUAAAAAGUAAAUAAUUGAAGGUUCAAGGUAUUACUUAUGAAGUGUACAGGAAUGGAAUUGAAACUAUUCAGGAUUAAGCAGAGAACAUGGCAAGGGGAAUAUUUGAUAUCAUAGAUAGCCGUUGUUCUGGUUCCUUGGAUUGGAGUCAAUUUUUAUAUUUGAUGAGUUCAGUAUAAGCUAAAACUAGAGAUCAAAGAAUUGAUUUGUUUAUCAAAAUAGCUGAUUCUAACAAAGAUGGCUAACUUUCUUAUUAAGAGGUUGUGAAAUUGAGUUAAUAAACAUUAUAAAAGUUCAUUAAGAACGGUAACAGAGAAUUUUUAGAUGAAAUGUCUUAAUUUUUCACUAAAGUAAUAUUUGAUUCAGUCGGAGUGGAUUAUUAAUAAGAAAUUCAAUUUAAUCAGCUUAAAGAAGUAAUUAAUUAAGGACAUCCUAAUUCAGAUUUAUUGUGUAUGUUUUGUGGAGCAGAUUCUUGA